AUGGCCGAUCCAGAUGCGGAAACCAUCCUGAUGCUCACCGGCAUCUCCGGUUGCACAGAUGAUGAGGCGCGCAGAUGGCUCAAGGUCAAAAACAGCGACGCGGACGCGGCUCUGAAUGCCAUACUGGACAACGAGGAUCUUUCGAAAGCUGAACAAACCACCACCUGGAACGAGAACGAAUUCAGUGCCGGCCGCGACGGUACCGCAGCGUUUGGACCCCAAAACUACUCUCAAGCAUACAACGAACAAAAUCUACGCCCAUUAGGACAGAGCGCUGCGCCCACUAGAGGCAAUUCGCCCGCGCCUUCCCUCAGACAACCCUCCAACAGAGACGAUGAAGAUGCCGACCUGCAGAAAGCCAUCGCCGCAUCGCAAGAAGGCGUUACUCUACCCAAAUCCGACACCAACUUCAAACCUGCCACGGAGAAUCAUUACGAUCCUUCAAAGUGGUCAAUGACCGCCAUCGCUGGCAUCGACUCUCAACAGGCCAGCGAGAUCAUCCCGGAUUUGGAACCUCAUGAGCGCAAGAACGAAGAUGGUGAACCGAGGUUCUUGAAGCAACUGCCAUCGGGCGAUUACUUACCUAGUCUACUGACUAUCGCUCACUCAAUCCCUAUGGCACGCAAGGCUCUGUUAUCGCCACAGAAGACUUACUCCUCCUAUGGCUCGGACUCCGAAUGGUGGAAGGGCCACGGCAUCCGCCUACCCAAGAUCGUCAGUACUGUCAGCGGUGCACCUUUAGAGCCUGCCACCACCAACCAGGACGAAGUUCUCGCGGAGAUGCAGCGACUGAUGGCUCUGCUGGACGAGAGUCUGAGAUCAUACGGUAGUGCAGAGACACUUGUUCGCCUUGCCGCAAACGAUGGUGGAUGCAUCCUCGACCAAGUUCUCCAGCAAUGGGAAAAGGCCUACCUGGAUGCCAUGGACGAGUACCCAAACACUGAUAAGUUCUUUGUUUUUCACUCAUUGAUAGGCACAACGAACCCAGAAGGCAUGACUACUUCGGAUCUCUUCUCAUUACCACUAUUCGUCAACUCCGGUCCCGACUCGUCCUGUGUAGAACUGGCAGCUAUCAUGGACGACACCCUUUGGGAUACCGAGGGCGACGACUCAACCCUCUAUGACAACUACAUCGACUACUGCGCACAAGUCCUGCCUAUCCGUCUGACCCAGAAUGAUAGUUCGAAGGAAACGCUGAACGUCGUUAUCCCACCUUUCUUCUACGUCGACAAGUAUCUUAAGGAGAAUGCUGAGUUGACCAAGGAUGUCCGCAAGCAGAUGGCUCAGAUCAAAAGGAAGAUUGACAAGAUUCAGACGGCUCAAUUUAAACUGAAUAACUAUCACCAUGCACAGAAAGGAAACCUAAACACAACACAACUGAUGAAGCACGCGCAGAACUACUUCUCAGGCGAGACCAGAAAGACUUUGCUUGGAGAAAGAGAAGGUGCUGGCGCUGGCGGAGACACCGACAUCCCUCUACCAUUGGAGCAUCACAGCAAGAUAGCUGAGCAGUUGAAAGCGGUCUGUGAAGCGGUAGAGCUGAAGCUCAAAGCCCUCGAACAAGAAAAAGAAAAGGCACGCAAGGCACUGGUAGAACUUUCACAAGAGACGGGACUACCACAAGAGAAGCUUAAGCACAGAUACUCGCUCAGAGGUGUCUCCACCAAGCCUCAUGUAACAUACCUUCUCCGUUCUCGCGAUCCUUCCGACACAGCCAUGGUAGACGACGAAGAUGCACCCGAAGGCAUGCAGUGGUGGCGCAUCGAGUACGACGUUCAUGUGAACGGCGCCAAGGUCAUCAAGACCAAAUCAACACAAGACGACGUGAUCCGAGCCGUGGAACUCGAACACAACCAGGCCCUACUGGUCUACGCUAGCGACUAUGCCAUCUCAGAUGAACACGAGGUCGAGCUGACUCCAGGCCUUGACGAGUUCAUCUAUCAUGACGAUGAACACUUCAACGCAGAGCUACAGAUGAAUGACAUCGGACAUGUCAACGUCUAUCCUGCAUACGACGGUACCAGACAACGCCGUGGUUCGGCAGAUAGUACCACAGUCAACUACGACGAGGGCCCACCUGGUUAUGAGCCACCACCCUACGACGCAGACGUGGAAUACGGCAGCAUACCGAUCAACAUCCAAGACAGCAAAGACGUGGCCAUGCUCGACAGACACACCCCUCCCGCUCACGAGAUUCGACUCGAGCAGGAAGAAGUACAGCCAGAAGAGGCUGACGACCUUGGAGAAACAGAGAUGGUUGAGAAGACUCAUGCCGCGCCUUCGUUGUACAGAUACGGCAACGAUGGCCGCAAGACAAGCGAGACAGCCAGUGGGGAUGCCAUGACAGGCGUCAAGGCCUCGGAGAAAGAAGUCGAUUUGAUCGAUUUUGAGAACUGA